AUGCCAUCUGCACUUGUUGCUUCCGAUCUGUCUACCAGCUUCGGCACCGACCCAGACGACUGCCCUCAGCUGGCGCCCGAUCUCCUCCACAAUCUGCGACACGAUAGCUCCGUGCUCUGCCUCGCCGUCUGCGAACGAACCGAGUCUAUAUACGCCGGCACUCAGGAUGGCGAGAUUGUCGUCUGGUCUCUUGCCACCUUUCAGCAGGUCCACAAGAUUCAAGCACACAAGCGCAGCGUCCUUUCCCUCUUCCUCUCCGACGAUGGUUCCAUGCUCUUCUCCAGCGCCGGCGACCCCAUCAUCAACGCCUGGUGCCCCGCCUCCCUGAAGCGCCUGUUCGAGAUCUAUAGCACCUACGAUGUUGGCGACAUCUUCUCCGUCGCCUACAGCACACAUAACGAGACCCUCUACAUCGGCGCACAGAAUACCUCCAUCCAGUGGGUCAACCUUAAGGACCCCAGGAACCGCGCCAUGCACGAGUCUGCCACCCACCCAGAUCGCAGGAAUCACCGCUUCUUCGACUCGCGAGCAGUCGGUGGCACCUCGACACCCCGUCGCAACGAUGACCGCUGGACGCUGAUACCCAAAUCGGAAAAAGUCGUCGAGGUUCCCUCCGGCGCUGUUCACAUGUUCGCCCACUACGGCUACGUAUACUGCAUGCUCCUUGUCAAAGGACCUACCAUGUUGGUGGAUGCCGACGAGGAGGUCCUCAUAUCAGGCGGAGGCGAUGGCACAAUCAAGGUGUGGAAGAUUGGUGCCGGAGACGGAAGUGACACGGAAGAUCCCGACGACGGCGAGGCUGGUCUCGAAGAGAUUAUGGUCCUCGGCACGGACGAGGGCGAGUCUGUCAUGUCCCUUGCCAUUGACGGCUCCUUCCUGUACGCCGGCAAGCUGCAAGGCAUCAUUGAGCUGUGGGAUCUCGACACCAAGUCCAAGUUGCGUGUCAUCAAGAGUCAUAGAGGCGACGUCAUGUCCCUGCACAUGAACUGGGGGUACCUGUGGAGCGCCUCUGUGACGGGCACUGCCAGUAAACACAGUACCGUUCACUAUGGCGAGUUUCAGGAGUCGCAGGUCGAGAACGUCAGCCAAAAGUACCAGUGCCUCGCACGCUGGAAAGCACACGAGGGCAAGAUUCUCGCCUCGGCCGCCACGACGUACAACGGCAAGCAGUACUAUAUCACGGGUGCCAACGAUAAUGAUGUCGCUAUUUGGAGGAUCGAUAAGAAGUGCGCCACCGACAUUCCGUCGGCGGAAGAGUCGGAGGAUGUCAUGCUGUCAGCGUUGCAAGAAUUCGUCUCGUACAAGACCAUUUCCUCGCGUCCCGAGUUUGCCGAGGACUGCCACCGCGGCGCUACAUUCCUUGGCUCGCUGUUCAAGCGCCUUGGUGGUCAGGUCGACAUGUUGAGCUGCGACAGCAACCCCCAUAACCCCGUCGUGCUUGCGCAGUUCAACGGCACACAAGAAUCGUCCAAGAAGAAGCGCAUCUUGUUCUACGGACACUACGAUGUCGUCACUGCUGAUGCGAAAAAGAGUAAGUGGAAUACCGAUCCCUUCCAGAUGAAGGGCAUCAAUGGUUACCUCUACGGCCGAGGUGUCAGCGAUAACAAGGGCCCCAUCAUUGCGGCGCUCUACGCAGUGACAGACCUACUGCAGGCAAAGAAGCUGGAGAACGAUGUCGUCUUUCUCAUCGAAGGCGAGGAGGAGUCCGCAUCCAGAGGGUUCAAGGAGACGGUCCGCGAAUACAAGGAGCUCAUUGGCAAGGUUGACUACAUCCUCCUUGCCAACAGCUACUGGCUCGACGACGAGGUUCCUUGCCUGACGUACGGUCUGCGUGGUGUGCUCCACGCAACGGUCUGCGUCGAGUCCCCGUUGCCUGAUCUGCACUCUGGUGUGGACGGUUCAUACAUGAACGACGAGCCCUUGUCAGACCUGACCUCAACAUUGUCCAAGCUCAAGGGAGCUGGCAACCGCGUCAUGGUCCCCGGAUUCUACGACAAUAUUCUUCCAGUCACGCCAGUGGAGGAGACGCGAUACGAUGAGAUCGCAUCGCUACUUAUGAAGCGUAAACCUGAGCGCGGGCCUGAAGCGAAACUCAAACAAGCGCUCAUGGCAAGGUGGCGAGAGCCCAACCUCACCAUCCACCGCUACAAGGUAUCUGGACCCGACGGCAGUCUCGUCAGUAGCCACGCCAGUGCCAAUAUCAGCUUACGGCUCGUACCGGGACAAGAGGUGGACGAUGUCAUUACAUCAUUGACUGCGUUUCUGGAGGCUGGGUUUGCGACGCUCAACUCGGAAAACAAAAUGACCGUCAAGAUCGACAACAAGGCAGAGCCCUGGCUCGGUAACCCGAACAAUGUCAUCUUCCGCACGCUCGAGGAGGCCGUCAUGAAGGCCUGGGCUCCGGCUUUUGCGCCACAAAACGGUGCCGAGGAGUCGAGUGAGGACGAGUCUUCCGAAGAGGUUGACGACAUCGAGGAAGCUACACCUGAUGGUGCCAAGGAGGUCCGUGUGUCGAGGCCGAAGAAGCCUCUGUAUAUUCGCGAGGGUGGCUCCAUUCCUGCUAUCCGAUUCCUGGAGAAGGAAUUCGGAGCACCAGCGGCACAUUUGCCAUGCGGACAGGCGACCGAUUCGGCGCAUCUUGACAAUGAGCGGCUGCGAGUAUUGAAUCUGCUGAAAAGCCGGGAGAUUUUCGGAAUGGUAUUUGCCAGGCUGUAG